CAUGCGUAGUGGGCGGAGCCUGCGGAAGUCCUGACGGAGAGGUCUUUUUGUUUGGGCCUGCCGCGAGAGUCGACAUUAGUUUGAUUCCCCUGGUUAACAACCGUUUUUUAUCUGCAAUACUUUCGGGUGUCUUUUAUGAGUAAUCUAAAGCAGCCAAAGCCGACGCUAACAGGCCAGCGGUUCAAAACGAGGAAAAGAGAUGAAAAGGAGAGAUUUGACCCUACUCAGUUUCAAGAAAGUAUCGUACAAGGCUUGAAUCAAACUGGCUCUGAUUUGGAAGCUGUCGCAAAAUUCCUGGAUGCCUCUGGCGCCAAGCUUGACUAUCGCCGAUAUGCAGAGACGCUCUUUGACAUCCUGGUGGCCGGCGGCAUGCUGGCCCCAGGAGGGACUCUGUCUGACGACAUGACCCGCACUGAGUUCUGCCUGUUUACGGCACAAGAAGACCUGGAGACCAUGCAGGCAUAUGCUCAGGUUUUUAACAAGCUGAUCCGGCGUUACAAGUACCUGGAGAAGGGUUUCGAAGAAGAGAUCAAGAAGUUGCUGCUGUUUCUAAAAGGGUUCACUGAGUCUGAGCGCAACAAACUGGCCAUGCUGACCGGCAUCCUGCUGGCCAACGGAAACAUAUCAGCCUCCAUCCUUAACAGCCUCUACAACGAGAACCUCGUCAAAGAAGGAGUAUCUGCAGCCUUCGCCGUCAAGCUGUUCAAGUCAUGGAUCAACGAGAAGGACAUCAACUCUGUGGCCGGCUCUCUCCGCAAAGUGGGCAUGGAUAACAGGCUGAUGGAACUCUUUCCUGCCAACAAACGGAGCUGCGAGCAUUUUUCUAAGUACUUCACCGACGCUGGGCUGAAGGAACUUUCCGACUUCGCCCGCAACCAGCAAUCCAUCGGUGCCCGCAAGGAGCUGCAGAAGGAGCUCCAGGAGCAGAUGGAACGUGGAGACCCUCAGAAGGAGAUUAUCGUCUUCACCAGAGAGGAGAUGAAAAAGGGCAACAUGUCGGAGCAGGCCAUGAUCAACAUCAUCUGGACCAGCGUGAUGAGCUGCGUGGAGUGGAACAAGAAGGAGGAGCUGGUGACCGAACAAGCCAUCAAACACUUGAAGCAAUACAGCCUGCUGCUGAAAGCCUUCACCUCCCAGGGUCUGUCUGAGCUCAGCCUGCUGCUGAAGAUCCAGGAGUACUGCUACGACAACAUCCACUUCAUGAAGGCCUUCCAGAAGAUCGUCGUGCUCCUCUACAAAGCCGAUGUGUUGAGUGAAGAGGCCAUACUGAAGUGGUACAACGAGGCCCACGUUGCCAAGGGGAAGAGCGUCUUCCUCGAGCAGAUGAAAAAAUUUGUUGAGUGGCUGAAAAAUGCAGAGGAAGAGUCUGAAUCGGAAGAAGAGGAGACGGACUAAAGCCUCCACCGCCAGAUGAGCUUCUUUUUGUAACCUUUUUUUUAAUAAAAGUAGCAGCAGGAGCAGUAGACUGUCUUUCUCCUCCUCUCUUCUACCUCCUGUUACUGUUUUAAACCUAAGACACACGCACACCCUUCCACCUCUAAAGAUUAUUUAAACCUGAUAAAGUGCUCUGUCCUUUGAACCUGCUGCGGCUCACAGUGGAAGCGGGAAAGCGAUGAAUAUUUCCCAGAUGUUUGGUUUCUACUAUCGUACUUCCUUGCUCAAUUUGGAUACAAAGCAUUCCAUGUGGUCGCUCGGCGCCGCUCGUAUGAAUCAGGAAAACACGAUGUAUCGAUAUUCAACGCGGACAUGAAACUCAUUUUGCCAACGUUUUUAUUUUUAUACCCCCCUCUCUGAUUUUAUUUCCUUGCCCCGAUCACGUUUCGGCUCCUCUCUCGACUUUUUGGGAAACCCUGUACCGCGUGUUCAUACGCCCCGCCGGCCAACUCAUGACUAUUGGUUUCUACUUUCUUUAAUCUGAUAAACCGAUUGACUUUUUUAUGAAAAUAAAGAUUAUUGAAAUGGUU